CUCGGCGCCCCGAGAAGGAGCUGGCGGGGAGCAGCCUCACCCGGGGCUCCCAGGGCCCGCCCUCACCCCCCGCAUCGCCACGGCCGACCACCAGGAGGGGAGGGGAGAGGAGGGUUGGGAGGGCGGCGCGUGCGCGGUCCGGGGCCCCCGGGGAGUGGGGGGGGCGCGGCGGCAGGUGCGCGGCGUGGACUACAAGUCCUAGCAGGCCAGGCCGCCCUGACCCGGCCCCCGCCGCCGCCUAAAGGCUACGGGAGCCGCAGCCGUCGGGUGGCCGCGGCUUUCGCUUUGCCGCCGCGGCUGGGAGGGCGGGAGCGGCAGACUCGGCGGCCGGCUCUACCGGCGUCCCGGCUCGGGCAGCGCCGAGGGGCGCUCCUGGUCCGGUUCUCUCGGCUCGGGGGUUCCUUGCCGAGGCGCACGCUCCCUGGGCUCCCCGCCUCGGCCGUCGCGGCCCCGAUGCGGAGGCAUGGAUAGAGCGGCGCUGCGCGCGGCGGCCAUAAGAGAGAAGAAGGAGGGCGGUGGCGGGGAUGAUGCGGCCGCCGCGGAGGGAGGCGCAGGGUCCGCGGCCAGGCGGGCUCUGCAGCAGCGCGGGAAGCUCCAGAAGCUCAUGGACAUCUCCAGCAGGAGAUACGGACCCUGGAGUUUGCGGGGCCGCAGGACUCGUUGUCCCAGUGAGUCACAAGCUGGACUUUUCCCCGUGUGACUUAGCCGAGCACCCGUGGGCCGGGAUGACGGAGGAGGUUCCCCUGAAGCGUGAUCGCAGGCCUGCCGUCCCCUGUUCCCCUCACGCCCCAGACGCCGUCCUGUCCCUGCCUUUCCUCUUCUCCCAGGUCUUGUCUGCUGCCUUUUCGAAAAGUGUUGCUGAAACUGCAUUUUUGCUAUUCGGGCGUUUGGUGCUUUGCUUUCAUGUUGCCACGGAGGCUUGCUGCUUAAAAUGUAUUAAUAAUUAUCCGCUGACUCCCCCUGCUUCCCCGCAAAGACUGGAUUUUGGCUUAGGAAAGAUUAUGCUGGGAAGCAAGCCUUUGGUGGGAAGAUGACACUGUUUAAGGGGUUCUUUUGGAGACAGUCUGGAGUGUAAAGAAGAAAUAAGAUAUGCAGGCCUUCCUCUCUCAAAUUAUAGCUGGGAAGUAUUAGAAGGAUUUGGAAAAACCAGCCCGAGGGUUGUUGGGGCACCCUGUCCAUACACAAAUGAGGGCAACUAGUGGAUUCCGAAUGUGAUUCUGGCCAGGGAUGGGGCGGUGAAACAUCAGACCAGUUAAUAGAUGCCUCGUCUUGAAGAAGGAACUUCUCACCAUCUUGCCCUGUCACAUCUGGCCUCCUGCAGGUCUGGGGAUGUUUUGUUUUAUUAGAUCCUCAAUUUCUCUUCCCCCUAAGCCCUCCUCCCGCCCCUUAUUGCUAAUUGCCUCUGCCAGGUGUCAUAAGGCCCUCUGUGAUUGUGGUAAUUAUUACAAGACCAAUCCUUCCUCCAGGCAUGCCACGAGCCUGAAUCCUUGUUUGAUCCCAAAUUCUCUGGGGUGACUCUCCCUCAGUUUUAUUUUCCUAAAAGCUAUAAAACCACAGGACAUUGGACGAAUACACUCAGUGCUGGGUAUUAUUGUUUUUUAUUACAGUUGGCUAAAGCUGUACUGACCAAGGCUUUGCUUAAAAAACAAACAAAACCCCCUACAACCGGCCUUUCUGCAUGCAUGCUG